AUGGCGGACGGAGGCUGGGGCGUGCGACGCCGACUGGCCAUCUGGGAGAGCCGAGCAGACUCGUUCCGCGAUAAAUCAAGCGCGGAUCCUGUACGAACCUCCACAUCAGGUUCGGGAGCUCCCGGAGCUCCCAGCGGCGCACCAGCGCAGUACGGCGCGUCGACAGCCGUUGGAUCAACGGCGACGGCGAACGGAGGGCGGAGAUGGGAACAGUGGGAUCGGACGUACGACAACGUUCAUUUCUCCACUCCGCGUGAUGGCCAGUUCGGUGGGCCCGGCGCGUCGUCAAGCUAUGUGCCCGAGGACCCUCGCUACACGCCUACAGGCAACCCGCCUGGCUAUCCCGUACCUGGAGCAGGCUCUUCUGGGGCAGGCGCAUCUGCUGCCACAGCUACUGCUGCUGCUGCAGGUGUAGGGGCAUCUGCAGGUGUAGCCUACCCUUCAUCCCGCAGCCGAGGAUCAGGGGCGAAACACCACCACCACCGUCACCACCACCACCAUCAUCAGCACCAGCCACACCAGCAGCCACACCAGCAGCCGCACCAGCAGCCGCAGUACCCUAACCUUCCCCAGCAGCAGCAGUACUACCCUGGGGUAGCCAGCGGCGCAGGGGGAGGGGCGGGGGGAGGGGCGCGGAGGGGGGGACCUCUCCGCAUCAGCCCCUCCUACUCUAACGAGCCAGACGCCUCAGGCCUAUCAGGGACGACGCUCGGGGGAGGCGGAGGCGGAGGCGGAUGGGGAGGCGGAGGGGGAGAAGGGUGGGGCCAGGGGAGGGGGAGUCUGGGCGGAGCGGGAUCCGUGGCGGGGCAGGCGGAGGGGAUGGGGGGGGAGGGGGAGGAGGCGUGGGCGUGGUGGCGGGAGAUGUACCAGGUGGACUGGAAGCCCAAGGAGGUGUUCUUCAAGUUCCGCCAGCGCUUCAUGCAGUACAAGCUCGGGGCCAACGUGGAGCUCAGGCGCAGGCUGGAUCCCCCACAGCUUUCGACUACCUCCCUUUCUCCGAAGGCCCCUGUUGCGCCCAAGCACAACCCGCUGUCGCUGUGGGGUUUCCAGGUGCGGUUGGGGCUGGUUUGGAGGGUCGUCUUUAAGCCGCAGCGGGGAGACAUCCGCUUCCUCACCCGCAAGAUCCCCAUCAUGGGGCUGCUCAACCUGCAGGUGUGGUGCAGUGCGGUGCCGGGCGGUGGUGUGCCAUGCAGUGUGGUGCUGUGCGUUCUGGUGCGAUCAGCAGGGGACAUCCGCUUCCUCACCCGCAAGAUCCCCAUCAUGGGGCUGCUCAACCUGCAGGUGUGCAGUGCGGUGAUAUGUGGUGCAAUGCAGGUGGUGUACGGUGUAGUGUGGCCAGUUGUGGCUGUGGGCAUAGGGCAUGACUUCAGGCACAACGCGACGGGGUGGAAAUGGAAAUUGACCUCCGUGGGCAUUGGGCAUGACUUCAAGCACAACGCAACAGGGUGGAAAUGGAAACUCACCUCCGCGCUGAAUGGGAACACGCCCUCGGAGAUUCGUUAUAAGCACAACCUGCCUGUGUGCCCGGGCGUGGAUGUGCGCGUGGGGUGGAAUGCAGAAUAUGUGCUGCCAGACAUGCAUGGAGCCUUGGGCACAGGGGAACCUAUUCUGGGGCUGAAUAUGGGGCGGCUGUACGCGUCAGUGGAGAGACUAGAAGCCAUCUUCACCUCCAUUGACUGA